UUCAAUAGCAUCCAUGUCUCACAAAAUAUUUUAUUGGUUAUUCCUUUUAUCAACUAAUUUUGUUUCUUCUCUCCCUUUCAAAGUCGAUCUUGGCGGCACUCAUUGGAAUUUUUAUUCUCCAAAGUUAAAUAUUUCUGGUUCUGCUAUUGUCCCAGGCGAUAUUUAUGCUGAUUUGGAAGCUAAUAAUUUUAUCAAAAAUCCACUUUUUGGUCAAGGUGAUAAAAUAUAUGGAUGGGUAGGUCAACAAGAUUGGAUAUAUGAACGAACAAUACUUUUACCGCAGGAAGUUUAUAAGGCAAACAAUGUUCUUUUAAAAAUACAUGGUUUAAAUGGAUUCUCUUCUAUUUAUUUUAAUGAUUAUCAUGUUGCUAAUUUGGACAAUCAAUUUUUAAGUUACUCAAUUAAUUUAACAUCUCUUUUGGUUAGAGGAAUGAAUUUCUUGCGUAUUUCAUUUAAAUCUAAUGUUAAAGAAGCAAAGAUGCGAUCAGAUGUUUAUGAGUUGCUUAACAACCAUGUUUUGCCACCAGAAUGCCCGCCCGAAGCGUAUAAUGGUCAAUGUCAUGUUAACUUUUUACGUUCAAUGCAAGCGAGUUUUGCUUGGGAUUGGGGACCAAGCAUGCCCUUUGCUCAUUUUCUCGUUAAAAAUAUUAUUUCAAUUUACUGUUAUUCUGAUUUUGAAAAUUUUAAAAUUGAAUUAAGUCUAGAUGAAAUUGGUUUAACAAAAUAUUUGAAUUUUCGCCCUACUAAUUAUGGAAAAUGUCCAAAAAUUAAAUUGGAGAAUUUGGAUAUUUUAGUUCCUCGUAAAAAGGUUGUUUUUAAUUAA